AUGUCCAAAAACCAAGAUCGUUAUAAACAUAAAUCCGGGUGCGAAAAAAGAAAACGAAUCUUAGAACAUGAACUACAGAAGGCAGGAAAUAAUCCUAAGAAAACAAAACUAACUGCUCUUUUUAAAACAUCAACUUCUGAAGUAGAAACUAAAACUACACCAGCGAAUCAGAUUAAUUUAGAAAAAUCGAAUAAUUCUGAAAGUAUUGAAUGUUUCCAAAAUAUAGAAAAUCUGAUUCGUAGUCAUGAUGAUCCUAUAAGUCAACCAUCUGACCAUCAUAAAAUAUCUCAUUAUAGUAUUGAUAAUGAAACUAAAUCCGAUGAUGAUUCUGACUCUGAUAAUAGUAACUCAAAUUUCACUUCUAGUGAAAACUGUACUUUGACUACAAUGAAUGCCAAUUUGGGUUUAUUUAUUGCUCCGAAUGAAAAUGAAACUUUAGUAGUUAAAAUGGAUUUUAUUAAAAAACACCCAGUCCAACCAACACCGGAUUUACAUAAUUUGCCAUUUGAUAUCUCAAGAGUAUAUUUUCGAUCUAUUAAUGAUGGUACAGAACAUAAAGUUCAUCGAAGGUGGUUAUCAUUUGAUAAUGUUUCAUCAAAAAUAUAUUGUUCAGUUUGCAUGACGUUUGGAAAAAAUCGAGAUAGUGUUUUUGUAAAAGGAAUAGACAUAAAUUUAAAGUCUUUAUAUAUUAAAAUAAAUAAGCAUGAAGAAUCUAAUGUUCACAAUGAAGCUGUCAGUACGUAUCUGAGAUUAGAUUCUGGAAAAUCAGUUAAAGCAUUAAUUCAUAUUCAGAGGUUAAAAGAAGUUCAAGAACGUCGUCUCGUUAUGUUAAGAAUAAUUGAUAUCAUUCUUACAUUAGCUAAACAGGAUAUAGCUUUUAGAGGCCACAGUUUUGAAUCUGCGUAUAAUUUACAACAGUCAGAAAAUUUGAUACAAAACCAAGGUAAUUUUCUUGCGCUUAUAAAACUUGUUGCUAAGUACGAUUCAAUUUUAUUAAAUCAUGUACAAAAGUCUAGUCUAAAAAGCGAAUCAUUACGAAAAUCACAUAAUGAAAAAGAAAUAGUAUUAGCAAAAAAUCAGGAAGAGGCUCGCAACUUAAUUACAGCAUCCAUUGCGGAAGAUGUUAUCGCAGCAAAAGCCUUUUCGCUCGAAGUUGAUUCAACGCAAGAUAUUUCUGUAACAGAUCAACUCAGUAUAUGUGUCCGAUAUGUUUUAAAUGGUGAAAUUUAUGAAAGACUUAUUAAAAUGUGUGCUCAGCAUGAUAGUACUGGUAAAGCUCAAUACGAUUUAAUAAAGACAGAGUUAAAUUCUUUGGGAAUUGAUUUAAAAAAUUUGAUAAGUAAUUCAUUUGACGGGGCAGCAAACAUGAGCGGACAAUAUAAAGGACUUCAAAAUAUUUUAAAGGAAGAUGCUCCCAAAUCUGAUCUUUGGAAACGUAUAGUAAGUUCUCAAGAUGGAAAUGAAAAACUACGUCGCUUGAAAAAAAUUGGAACAACCAGAUGGAAUAGUAAACAUCAUGCUCUCCAAGCGAUAUUUCAUACAACUUCAACGCCAAAUAACGACCGUUAUCGAUACAUUAACUUGAUUGAAGCACUUCAUUUGUUAGGAUAUCACGAGGCUGUUGAUUCUAAUACAGCUUCUGACGCCCGUAAUCUAUUAGAAAAAUGGACCAACUUUGAAAUUAUAUUAACAAGUUUCACUUUUCUUCAUAUAUUUGAAGCAUCAACGCCAGUUUCAGCAUACCUACAAACUAAAAAUCUUGAUUAUAUAGCUACAUGGAAUCAUAUAUCAUCACUUCAAGAAAAAAUGGACAAACUCGCAACUAACUUCGCUGGAAUUUACCAAAAAGUAAAAGAUUUUAUUACCAUAGCAAAAGCAAAAACAGAAUGCUUUGAGCAUGUCAACUUGAAUGACGAAUUACCGGUUCAUAGGCCUAGAAAAAAAACGAAUGGACGGUGA